GUCAGAUUCAGCACUACCAACGAAGCGAACGAACUAAAUAACAAUCCAAGCCUCAUUAAAAUGGAAAUCUCCAUAGAGGUGAUUAGUGAUACCAGACAUGAGAGCAAAUUAAAUGGAUGUUGUCUCAAUAGACAGAGACUUCACAAUAUCAUAAUGGGUAUGGUUAUGUUUUCGUAUGGAGGCAUGGACAUGGCUCAGGGUCUUGGCUGGAAUUUAUACUCAGGCAUUGAGACUUCGGAGCAGUUUCAAUACAGUUGGUUUAUUGGUGUCAUCAUUGGAGUAAUCCUGGCAUCAAUAUCCGUUUCGCACCUUCCGAAGAUCUAUUUUUAUUUUGUUGCAAUUUUACUACAACUGAUCGACGCCAUCAUCUGUGUCAGUGCACCUCACAAUUACGAUGCCAUGGUUGCUGCUCGAUACAUUGGCGGCAUAGGGAUUGGACUCAUAACAGUAGCCUUCAUCAUACACAACUCAGAGGUGGCGCCAAACAACGAGCGUGGUAAAUGGUGUGCUGUUGAACAGUCCGGUUUGGGAUUGGGCAUAGCAGUCCAAGUGAUCAUGGAUUCGAUGUGGAACCCAGCUCUGCCCAUUGGUAACAAUCAAGUUCAUGGCAUCAUUGGAAUUUCAUUUGCUAUUAUAGCAAUAGCCAUAUUAAUCCUAUCUGUGGAAUCGCCCAUCUUCUAUCUAAGUCGCAAUAAUGACCUGAAGGCUAACACUUGCCAAUGGGAACUACUGCAUAAGAGAGCCACAAUUGAAGACUGCAAACUUGCAUUUGCAGAGAACUCCCAAUAUGUUUUAGAGGGCAACAGAGAGACAUUGGUCCAUGAACUAAUUGUCGCCAUGGUUCCAUUCCUCAAGAUGCUCCUCUGUCGCUGUCUUGUCGCAUUCAGUUUUUCAUUGCCCCUAACGGAAACGAUCAUAGAGAGCACAACGGUUUGGCAGGGCACCAUGUAUAGCUGGCCGAUUAUUGUGUGGAGAAUCCUACGUUGGAUUGGAACCCUUCUCGCAAUCUUGGCCAUGGACAAGAUGGGACGCAAGCUCCUCUCGAUGCUUGGCCUAAUAUGCAUGGGCGGCCUGAUGCUCGGAAUGGCAAGCAUUUAUUCCAAUUUGAGCAAUGUUAUUGAUCCGGAUCAUAUGGCAACGGUGUGCAGAAUUUCCAUGGCAUUCCAAAUGUUUGCCGGCUUGUUUGUCUCCUGUACACCAGCCUACUUGGGCGAGGCAUUCCCACUACGCAUAAAAGCAUUCCUAAUUGCCCUGAUUGUUUGCAUAGAGCAAUUGAUCCAUAUCAUUGUGAUCGUGACAUUCGAUAAAAACGAUUAUAGCUUCUACCAGUACUACCUGGCAGUAGGCAUUAUCAUGGUUAUAUGUUUCGUAGUUCUGAUGGUAACUUUGCCAGAGACACGAAACAUGACUCUGCGAAAGGCUGGACACCGUUUUCGCCGCUUGCAUGAUGUAUUGGCCUACUAGACUGUAGCAGGACCGAACAAGUCAAAGCUAUGACUGAAUCAAUAUUGUAGAAUUUUUAGCCUUAAUAUAGAAAGACACUUUAAAAAGUAUUAUAUUUUAUUUUAGUGUU